UCGUCUCUGCGGGAGUCGCCUUACGUCGCUCGCACGUGUCACGUCGCGCUAAUUGAACGUUCUAACGAAACAGUCGCUCGACGAUACAUGGACGAUAUCGCAUGUCCGAGGGUCAUUUACAACGCGACGCACCUUUACCUACCGACGUUCCUUUCAUUUUAACUGCGGGCGCAGAUACGCGGUUCCACGACACUCUUCGACUCGUGCGAUUGUUUCGAUAAUAGACUCGAGGAACCAGCACGAAUCUGCAGCAAGCUUGUCCAAGUUGCCGCAAUUGUUUUAUAAAAGCAAACACCCGUGACCGCUGGUAUAGGACAACAAUAUGGAAAUCGACAUCAACAUUAACGAUAUAUUGCGAGAAGUGAUAACGUUUCUGGAAUGCCUUCGCGACGCGCAGCUACCGCUUACGCUCGAGAGUCUGCGGGAAAAGCUGUUGGUACGCUCGAAAAACACCCUUACGAGCGUCACGACGAUGUCAUCCCCGGAACCUUACUUGGACAUGAAGUCCGGCCCGAGAAGCCUAUUGCUGACGAGGAGACCUAUCGCCGAUUUGGAGGAAUACGUAGGAAUGGAAGAAUCUCAAAAGGGUGGCGCGGCCCCCCAGACCCAUUCCGCAUCUCGCGCGCACACCCACCACCAGGAUUACUACGAGACCUUCGAAAACGAGAGCCAGGCCGCGAGCGCGCCGGUCGCGAAUGAAUAUCCCGAGCAGAACGACGAGGGGCAGAUGCUGAUCGGAAUCUACAAGAAUCUAUCGGCGAUGCAAAUUAGAAGCAAGUGUUACAAAUGCGGCCCGCUCUACAGGAAGGAAGGGAAGAAAUUAUUUCUAUCCGAAAGUCGCGCCUGCUGGAUCGCGUUGGUUGGAUCGCAUCUGCUCGUCUAUCGAAGCGAACGGCACAAUCGUCCGUACGCGAUCUAUCCGAUUCGGGGUUACAUGGCCCGUCCGGCGCCGAAUAUGAUUCCCCGUGAUCGACGAAAGAGCGAAUCGGCCUUUGAGAUGUACAGUCCUGGAAACGAAACGUUGCAGUUUAUCGCCAGGACGCCGAAGGACAUGGAUCAAUGGAUAGCGAAGAUCUGCGAAGUGGGAUGCAGUCGCAACGAGAGCGAAGGGUGCAGAGCGGAAGGCCGCGAGAAGAAGAGGCGUGUUACCGUUCCCUCCGACGAGGCCGACGAGGCCGACGAGGCAGCGCGGCAUCGAGAUGCAGGAAAAUCAGUUGUCGACAAGUCAAUGGCCAAAGUCGAAUCGACGAGUAACAACAAGAACGAAGUCGGGCGAAAAGAUAUAGGCGAGAGAGUGCCUCCGCUACCAGCUCGAAUACCGCGGAGGCUCCCCUCUUUACCUCCCGCGAACCCUCUCGCGAUACCAUCUUACAGAGCGACCGUCGAGGGUGACGAUGACGACGACGACGACGACGAUGACAUUUAUCAUAGAAUCGAAGACUUGAGGAAUGAAACGCGUUAUCAAAAUAUGGUAGUGUCGAAAAAACAGCAGGCUGAUGAUAGCGACGAGAGGCAGGAGGAAGCUGUCACGUACGACGACGUUCGUGCGCCUGAUGAACGGAACGAGAGAAACGAGAAGGUGGAAGGGCAGAUGGAAGAGGAGGACAAUUCUCGCGACGCGAUAUCAUUUCAAGAGACGUACGACGAUAUCGUUACACUCUCGCGAAUCAACGCUACGAGCAGCGAAGCGGAACGGAGCCGCAAUAACGAUGCAUUUACCGUCGAUGGCGAGAAAGGAGAAGAAUUUUACGACGACGUGGAAAGCUUAAUUCCAAACAGAAGAUUGGCCAAGAAUCAGAUCGAAAUGUCGAGCAAGCUUCAGAAAAAAUCCUUUUUGGAUAGAGUUUUGAGUAGAAGAGAAUCUCCUGGCAAAUCGGACAAGAGGCAUCGCUACAAGGACAAAGUUUCAUCGAAUCCAUCGUCACUUUUGGAUACGGAAGAAAUACCUACUUACGACGACGCGUCCGAUUUGACGCCGACGCGGGACGUCUCAGCGAACGGAGGGAUUGGGGAGGACGUGCCGGAAUAUACGUGUCCUCCUCCACCCAGGCCAAUUUACCAAGUAAAUUCUCCCGCAGGAAACACAAGUCCUGAGCAAACUGAAGACGUUUACGACGACGUUAGCGCCUACAAAAAUCAUCAUCAGCAAAUAAUGCCGCACGCGCCAGGAUUGGAUAUAUGUGCGAGCGUAAACGAAGCUGUACAUAACACGACGCGUAACACAGAAUUGGAGACGAACGACGACUCUACCCGAGAAGAGAUGGAGCAUUAUCAGUUACCGCGAAGCGAUUUGCGUGUUCGCGACGCUGUGGAGAUGGAACAGAACGAACAAUUGUACGACGACAUAGCAUUGUGGGCCGACUUUACGGCGCGACAAAGAGACAUUGCCAAAAAGAGGGAGAGCGAGGAUGCUAAAUCAGUCUCAGUCGGUUCCGAUAAGAAGGCUUGGAAUCGAUUUGCCGUCAACAGAAAGUCACGAGUCACGAGCGAUUUUAACUGCUCUGCCGAGGCAAAUAAACGAGGCGGGAACGAAGGGCUCGACGAGAUGGAGGAUUCGCUCGAGAGUAGUGGGUCGGUUAAAAGGAACACUUUUCAAAAGUUGAUCAGCAGAAUGGAAAAUUCUCUCGCUAAAGUUUCCGCGAGAAGCCCGUCUUCGUUCUCGACGACCAAGCCAAGUACAUCGAGCAACAGCUCGUAAAGCUGGUCAUCUAUAUCUAUAUCGUAGGUCUAUCGACAAAUUUGCGCGUCUCGAAAGAAUAUAUAUAGCUUUAACUAGACCACACGUCAAGAUAAGCGCAGUAAUAUGCAAAUAAGAGUACGCAAAGCAAAUGUAACUUUAAUAACAUGUAAUUAUAAUUUUCUCUCUCUCUCUCUCUCUCUCUCUUACAAGUGCUUGCUACUCUCGCUAAAGAUAAGACGCGAAAAAUAAAGUUUCAUGAGCGAUUUCCGUAUUGCGCAAGAUUCCGGCUAAAUUCGUUCGACCAUAAAGAAAUUUGUAAAACGUAUUAUAGUUGGUCCAGCGAUGAAAAAGCGUGACGUUGAAACGCUUUUUGACACGCAAACGUGAUUUGUACGCAACGGAAUAAAAUAAAAG